UUACGCGGAACGCCUCGUAGCAUUACGUCGUUUCGUUUGGGGACUUGCGAGACAAGUUAUAGAUUUAUUACGCCCCUCCCGUCCGAUGUCUCGUGGGUAUGUUCCGCCAGUGUUCUUGGUCAAUCGCACUCGUUGGCAGUCACCCCCAAGGGAGGCAAGAAUCUACACCCUACAUCUUCCCUACCUACUACACCCCACGCCACGCACGGUCCUAGCACACCUCCUCGGUCGCCACCAUGGACGAAGCCCGCGCUCGCCGACGCAAGACUGUUGCUGCGCUUCUGGAUGGCUACGGAAGUCUCUCGGUACCACAGCUUCUCAUGACUACAUCCCCGGACUUUCACCACCACGUUAUUCCGGAAAGCCUAGGUAUGAAGCCUCGGAAUAGAGAAGCUUUCGCCCAACACGCAGCCGGUAUCUUCAGUGUAUUCGACGAGUUUAGAAUGCUGCCAAAGUCUAUCGUGGACGACGGACCAGGGAGCAUGGUGGCGGUUCACGCACGGAUGCAGGGCAUGCUCAAAAAUGGAGCUGGCGAGUGGAUAAACGAAUGUGUACUGUUGAUUCAGCUCUCCCCGGACGGUACACAGGUUCUCAGGGUCACAGAGUUCGUGGAUAGUGCGAAAGCACUGCAAAUGGCCAGGGAGCAUGCACCCGAGAGUUUUGACUGCGACGCAUCCAACUUUCAUGCGAAAUGGAGGAAAGGAGACAAGGUUGGGACUUCGGAGUCUAUGCCGAUGGCGUUGCUAUUUGGGUUGGGGCUUGCGCAAGUUGUUGUUUUAAUAUUCCUAUUAUACUUAGCUCAAGGGAUCAUGUUUUGAGUUUUGCUUGAUGGGGGAGUCCGAUGAAAAUCAAGUCAAGUCAACUAUCAUGCAACAACUUUUUUGUGCCUCCUAAGAAGAUUUACCUGAAACCGCCUUUAUGGGAAACGAUAUUUCAGCAAUGGCUUUACCAGUCUACCGAAACUGCUCGAUUACACAUUCACCAUCUCUACCCACUUGGCCGCAAAUAUGUUUAGUUUAAAUAUGUUGGAUUAAACUACAAUUUCAGACGUCUUCCUCCCUGG